AUGUCAUAUAUCGAUAAUGCCCCUCGAGGAUCGCCGGCGAUCCACAACAUUCCCUUAACCGAUCUGGAAUCCGGCCCGGAUCGCGCCUCACAGCCGUCGUGGAACUGGUCGAGUCUGGCCGAGUUUUCCCCGCCGAUCAAGCAACUCUCCGUCCACUGGCAAGAGUAUCUGGAACUUUUCGUUGCGAAAUUGACCGUUGCUCUCACCCCAAGUUAUCUGCAGCAUUGGGUGGGUGGCCAACCGCCCCAACCGACUAAACUCCAUGGGAUCGCAGCGCUGGACGGUCUGCGUGGUUGGGCCUGCCUGCUGGUCUUCAACUUUCAUUUCCUAUUCACGUACACUUGGAAAGUCGCCGUCGGCUGGGGUUUUAAUAGGGAGAAUUACUAUUUCUUCCAGCUUCCCAUCAUUCAUGUGCUGGUCUCCGGACAUAUUAUGGUGGCCAUCUUCUUCGUGCUCUCGGGGUAUGUCCUCUCGUAUAAGCCCCUGAAGAUGAUCCGCAGUCGGUCCUGGGAGCAGACCUUCACCGUUCUGGCUUCAUCCACAUUCCGCCGGGGCCUCCGCCUCUACAUCCCCUCGAUUAUCGGCAUCCUGUUUGUCAUGCUGGCCGUGCGUCUCGGGGCGUACAACUAUUCGCACAAGGUGGUCAACCAAGGCUUGACCAUUCUAGGGACCAACGAACAGCACCCGCAUAUUAUGAAAACCUUCAACAAACAGUUUUGGGACUGGUAUUUGACGGUGGUACACCUGAUCGAUCCGUGGAACUGGGCCCUCUACUACAACUAUUAUAACCCGCACCUGUGGACGAUCCCGGUCGAAUUUCGCUGCUCGAUCGUUCUUUUCCUCACCAUUCUGGCCACCUCGCGGGUCACGACCCGGGUGCGUCUCUCUCUUGUCAGCAUUCUUGUAUGGUUCUGCAUGCGAUGGGGCCGGUGGGAUGUGGUGCUGUUUCUUUCCGGGAUGAUCAUGGCCGAAGCCGACCUGAUAAACGGUACCUGGGAGCGCCCGUCGGCAGACGAGAAGCCCUGGAGCCACCGUUUCCCGUUCGGGCAACGUAUCUUUUCGCGCCUGCUGUGCCGCAGGCUCUGGAUUGGGCUCUUCCUCGCAGGCCUCUAUCUGGGAUCAACGCCGAACACCGGCUACAAAUGGACCCCGUUUUACAUGUGGACCUGGAAGAUUACCCCCAAAACCUAUCCCGAGCCGCACCGGUUCCCGCAGACUCUGGGUGCUAUUCUAAUCGUGUUCAGUAUCAACCACUCCAAGGACAUCCAAAAGCUGUUCACGAAUCCUCUGUCACAGUACCUCGGCAAGAUCUCGUUUUCGUUCUAUAUUGUGCACGGUCCUAUCCUGCACUCCCUGGGAUACUCCAUCAUGCCCAACAUCUGGAAUAUUGUGGGCAAGGAGACCAACUUUCAGUACUGCCUCGGCUUCUUCCUCGGCUGGCUCAUUUGUCUGCCCCUGUCGCUGUGGGCCGGUGACGUCUUUUGGCGCGCUGUCGACAUCCCCAGUGUCAAAUUUGCUCGCUGGGUCGAGGAUCAAGUCAUCGUUAAGACGAACAGGCCUGCGAAUGCCGCUCCUGAAUCCCAUCUACAUUGA